UUCCAGAUCCAUUUUCCACAUAGAAAUUUCACAAGUCGUGAUUAGUCAGCAUUCAAUCACGGUGUUGUAAAUUAUUCGACGUCCCCUACAUGGAAACUUCACAGAAAUCAUGUUCAGUCCCUACAUAAUUAAGUCAUGGUUAUGAUCACAUUCCUCCUCUGAGGUAUCAGGCUUUCCAAAUGCCUUAAAAACCUCCCCUCAAAUUUCAGCAUUCAUGUUCUAUUUCUUUUUGUUGCUGGCGGCUGUGUUAGCUGUGUGAAAGCUGGAAAAUGAAGGAGGUUAUGGGAAAGAGGAAGGUAUCUGAUAAUAACCCUAUAUUCAUAUAUCAGAACUCUCUACACUCAACCUUUCGAGCACUCUUCAGAAAUUAAAAUAAUGGCAUUCUCUUCUAGAUUGCGUUUCUUUCUCUCUCUGUAUUUCUUCUACCAUUUUUAUCUUACCAUUGCUGCCGAGAUAGAAUCUCUGUACCAUGACUGUUAUGUCAACGAUCAAAAUUACACCACCAAUAGUAGUUACCAGGCAAACCUCAACCACCUUCUAAAUUCCCUCACCGAUACCACCGCCCUAUACAAUGGAUUUUACAAUUCCUCUUAUGGGGAAAAUUCUGACAAAGUUUAUGCAAGUGCAAUCUGCAGACCAGACAUGGAUCCAGACAGUUGCCGAGAUUGUAUAACUUUCGCCACUCGGAACCUGACACUUCUCUGUCCCAAGCAUAAAAUGGCAAUCGGCGGAUACGAUGAUGGAAAAUACACUAACUGUAUGUUGCGGUACGCAUAUGAAGACUAUACUGGCGUAAUGGAAAAUGCUCCUUAUUUUUUUGUGUAUUCGCCAAGUAACAUCACAGGAAAUUUUGAAGAGUUCAAUCAAACACGGCAGAUCUUGUUGCAGAGGCUAACAAGUGAAGCUGCAGCUCGGAGUCCGGACAAGUAUGCUACUGGAAAACAAUUAGUUUCAGGAAAUUUAACAUUAUAUGGACUUGUUCAGUGCACUCCUGACUUAACCGAAAGUAAAUGCAAACAGUGCCUCAAUGAAGCCAAUGAACUUCUGCCAAAUUGUUGUGAAACAAGGCAGGGCGGGAGAGUAAUAACCCCAAGCUGUAGUUUCAGAUACGAGAUAAGCGAAUUCUACAAGUCUUCAAUUGCAGAACCUCCGGUUCCCUCUCCAACACCACCACCCGAGGAAAGAAGUAAAUUUUCAUCUCCACCUCCGGCGCCAACUAAAUCUGCAGCAUCGACAGGAAAGCAGAGUAACCUGUCUCAAACUGUCCUCCACAUUGCGGUUCCCUUGUUGCUUUUGCAAUAUUUGUAAUGCGCUUCAGGAAUUUACUUUCAGUAAAUUUCAUCUAUCUAUCUAAAUAAUGUUGAUGUAGCAA